CUGUCAUAAAUUCACAAUCACUUUCUUACGCUGAAUGGACCCUAAUGGACCAUAAAAUUAUUAUGAAGCUUUGUCUCUGUUCCGUUUAAUACUCAUGUGCACAUACUAUUCAAUAGCUGGUAACAACUAACAUACCCACUUUAUUAUAAAGGAUUGGAAACGUCUAAGUGUGUGGUUUAUUAUCAUAACUCGAAUGGAGGUUAUGUUCACAAUAACAAACUCGUUAAAUCGCACAACAUACAAGUGUGUAAUAAUAAAACGUAAAGACGUCACGCCGUGGCAAACAAGUUUACCGACAUAGAAGCCCGUUUCGACACAGUCAUGUCAAUGUGACCUGUUUAUGGGUGGUACAAUAAAGAAAAACAACUAAAACGUAACUGUUUCGCGAGGAUUUGAUGUGUACCUAGUGUGUAGGACAUUUGCUUGUUUUCUAUUUUCUUAUAAUUAAAAAUGAACUCUUCAUAUUACAAACACUGUAUAGUGCCCCACUGUAGGAGCACAAGUAUAAACACUCCCACCAAAUUAUUUAUCCGCUCACCAAGUAAUCCAAAAAUGCGGAAAAAGUGGCUAAAAUUAGCGAGGAGAGAAGAUGCUUCUAGUUUAUCUACAGUUUCUAGAAUGUAUUUUUGUGAAGAUCACUUUGACUUGCCCAACGAUAUGGCUAAUUACAUGCAGUAUCAUAUUAUGGGAACAGUAACACAAGUACACAUGAAACCAGGUUGUUUGCCAAGUAAAUUUGAAUGUCGAGAAGAGGGAAAGAAACGCAGAUGUACAGAACGGCCACCCGUUAAGAAACAGACUAUAGAAAUUAGUAUACCUGGUUCCUCUCUGGAUGAAAAAAAUUCUGUAACAAACUCAGAUCAUUCUGGGGAUGAUGGUGGAAGUGAAGAUGACCUCUUAUAUGACUCCAGUCGCAAAUCUAAAGGCGCUGUUCACUCAGUACCUAAAACGCCGUGCAGUCUGUGCAGGAAAUCAAUAACAGGGUUCGUGUUCGUAUGCGUGCAAUGCAACGUGCGCGCGUGUGGCACGUGCGACGCGCGCGGUCUGCACGCGAAACACUUCGUGCUACGCGCGCCGAGUGGGAGCACACAGAACGAUUUGAAUCUGGUGCUCGGCAAAAUCCGGGAUGCGUUACAGUCGUCCGGCUUCGUCCGGGCCCCGGACACGCGCUCGGACAACAGGGAAGGAAGCGACGCCGACAACGAAGAGGAAUUUGAAGUGAAAACGGAGAUAAAGCUGGAAAUCGACGUGGAGGAACAAGACCCGCUCCUCGAAAGUGCGGAGUACGACGAACUAUUCGCGCCGGGCGCGGGCGCUGCUCGAGGAUCACAGGUCGUACCAGAACAAGAAAUAAAGUCAGAACCACCCGAUACGAGUUCCCCGGUGUCACUGUCAACCGACAUCGCCUCGUCGCGUCGUCAGUCCGCCGAGUCGGCCGGCUCUGCGUCGGAUAGCGACUCCCAACCGCUGGCCAAGAGAAAGCGCAUCGACCAAGGACAACCGACUGCAAGCCCAAAACCUUCGCCGUUAAGAUCCAAAGACAUUGAGAAACCGGACAAAGAAAUAUUAUAUUCAGAUCCCAACACAGACCCGGGGUCUCCGUCUGCCGCGGGCGCAAUAACUCGUCUCAAAGAGUGAAAGCAGUUACAUAUAUUGUAAUUUGCCUUCUAUUAUGUUUAAGUUGCGACUGAUUAAAAUUAUUAUUUGAA